UGUAACUUAGGAUUGCGGAAUAUUCUUAUUCUUGAUUAUUCUCCUAUAAAUUUAUAUGUUAAAAGUAUAUUAACUUUACAACUUCCUAUGACAGUUUCUAUAAUUGAAAAAUUAAGAUUUAUGAAGUUAUUUAAUCAAACAUUAAAUCAGAAUGAAAUACAAGGAGUACUAUUUAUCCUUAAUCUACAUCCUGCAGAAACUAGAAGAGUGAUAGAGCAUAUAACCAACAAGUUUCCAAUUGCUAAGAAUUGUACGAUGAUCAUAAUGUCGCAUAGUUACCAACGAUGCGUUGAAGUUGAACAGAUGUUUCGAAGUUUAAAAAUAUUGUAUAUUUUCAACGCAUAUUAUAUUUGUUUAUUGAAUAAUGAACCAGUUAUUUUCACUCAUAAUGUAUAUGGAGAAUCUCCACCAUCAUUGUGGAAAAUAGUUGAUCAUAAACUUCUUGGUGGUAAUUGGUGGACACUUUACCGCAGGAAUUUUAGAAAAGGCAACAUAUGUCAAGGAUUUCUUUUUGAUCGUUUCAACAUGAAGAAUAAUGCAAAAUCAGCUAACAUAAUUCUUGGACUCACAAUUCGUGAUAAAUCAACAUUUCAAAAAUCACAAUAUAGAGAUACAUAUUCGGAACACAUAAUCAAAAAGAAAGAUUCUAAAAAAACACACUUAUACUAUGAAGACAUUUCAGCAGCAACAAAACUUCUCAAUAUGAAUGUUAAAUAUUAUCAUUCAAUAGAUAAUCCUGUUUAUUUCUAUCGUAAUACAUCAGUCGAUGUAAUUUUUGCAACAUGUUUCAUAUCACAUUUAAGACCUUUCUGGCUACCGUUUCAUCCAGUUAGUCACGAAGAAUUUGUGAUGCUAUCUCACAAUCGAGGUUUGUGUACACCGUUGGAAAAAAUAGCUGAUUUUUACGGACUGUACACAAUUAUUUCUUUAAUUGUGGUCUUGAUAAAUACUUUUUUUGUCAUAUGGUAUAAAAUGAACAAAAAUGUUUCACUUGCUGCCUUCGAUUUACUUCGAUUGUUGAUCAAUGAUGGAGUACUUGUACCAAUUAAUACUUUUCCUCUUAGAAUAUUUUUUAGCAUGAUUUUUCUAUAUUUUCUGGUAAUUCAUUCGACGUUUAGUGGCCAUUUAGCUGAAUUCUUAACUAAAUCUAAACUUCGUAAAAAUAUUGAUUCUGUUGAAAAUGCUUUAUUUGACUCACGGAUUAAACAGAUAUACAAUUUUGGAUUCCAUUAUUCCGAUAGUAAUAAUCAAGGUAUAUUUAAUCGUAAAUCAAUUCGCACGUUUUCUAUAGUUGAUUGUAUUCGCAAUGUCGAGAACGAUCCGAGUUCAGUAUGUAUUGGUUUUGCAUCUAAUUUUCAACUCUUUUUAACAAGGCAAGGUAAAAAAGAUGAUAAUGUAAGUGAUGAGAACCUAAGUUUGGAAAAUAAGAAUAUUGAUAAGUAUUAUAUAGGUAAUAAACACCUUGGGUCAAUGCCAAUGUCAUUAUUAUAUCGUCCACGAUUUCCUUUUACAGAGAAAUUUAAUUUUAUACUAAUGUAUUUAGUGGAAACAAGAAUUAUUGGAAUUACAAAAAAUAAAAGAAGAAGUAAGAAAAUAUUAGCGUUACACAAAAGAAUGAUAUUUUUUCAAAGUAAUUUUCGAAAAAUUAAUUUAAAUGAUCUCCAAUUUGCUUUUAUAAUAUUAAUUAUUGGCAUAAACCUUGGAUUGUUGAGUUUUCUCCUUGAAUUGUUUAUAAAUUAUUAUUAUCAGUAUUGUUGCAAGAUAAAAAAUAGAUGUGUAACAAGAAUUACAAUUAAGGAUUGUACAAAAAAAAUGUAUAGAAAGCGAAAAUUCACUAAAAUUACCAUGUCGGUGAAGUAAAAAAAUUAAACUGUGAUGAAUUUUUGUUUUUUAAUCUUUCUGAAAUUAUGCUGAAUAAAAAUAAUUAAAUCA